GCGCGCCGUCGUCGAGAGCGCAUGUCAACAUGGCGUUCGAAAACAGACCGUCCGAGCUCCGCGUCCCCGGUUCCUAUCAAAACCAAUACACCUGUACAACAAUUCAAUAUAGAUCGAUAAAAACAUCCGAUUCUCCGCCGCCAUAUUACUAUGAAGACGUCAAACCAGUGAUAACAAUACCCUUUUCGAUCAACAACAUUCUUCAACCAGAUUUCGGAUUGAACGCAAUUCGUAAGACUAAAUUACAAUUGGGACGAAAAACUGUGUCCAACGAAGCCAAAGAGCCAAAGAUUGUUGAGCAAAAGAGGCCGGACUCCGCCAGUUCUAUUGUCUCUUCUUCGAGCGGUUCAACGAGUACAGACACCAACAGCCAGUCUGGAAACGGUACUCUAUGGCCGGCAUGGGUCUAUUGCACGAGAUAUAGUGAUCGACCAAGUUCAGGUCCCAGGAGUAGAAGAAUGAAGAAGAGAAUGACACCGGAAGAGAAGAGACCGAGGACUGCGUUCAGCGCUGCUCAGCUGCAGAGAUUAAAGCACGAGUUCGCUGAAAACCGGUACCUGACUGAGCGCCGACGCCAGGCGCUGGCUGCAGAACUGGGUCUAGCGGAGGCGCAGAUCAAGAUCUGGUUCCAGAACAAACGAGCGAAGAUAAAGAAGGCUACGGGUCAUCGGAACCCGUUGGCUAUGCAGCUCAUGGCCCAGGGGCUGUACAACCACAGUACCGCGAAUGAAAGCGAUGAAGAUGAAGAAAUUAGUGUUACGUAAAUGAUGAUCACAUUCUGGUCGGUUAGUUAUUCUUAACUGUAUAUAUUUGCGCCAAGCACCGAUCUAUGACCACGGAAGCAUGACCACGGAAGUGUGACCACGGAAGCAUGACCACGGAAGUGUGACCACGGAAGCAUAAGCACGGCGGGAUGACCCCGGAAGGGCAGAACAUAUGUCGAUAGAAAUGAAUGAAGGUCUGUUCUUGCUGUCAAACCAAUGGAAGUAUGACCACGAAAGCAUGACAGAAGAUUUGUCAGAACAAUCGCUGUUGAAUAAUCCUUAUUCAAACGGCACUCAUGUUAAACGAUUAUUACGAUUCGAAGGGUGUUUUUGGGUUAAUAGUUUCCUCAUGUGGCUUCGUGGAAAUCCAGGGAACUGCUUCUGGAUUAGAGAAGAUUCUGUAAUAGAAAAUUGUAGUCAAUUUUGAUUUCUUGUUCGUCACUUAAGAACGGCUGAACAUUUUGAUGCUGCUUUUUUUGAUAUUCCUAGAGGAAUGCGCGUUAAGAAAUAUUUUUAAAUUGUGACUUAAUAGAUUUAAUUCUCUUGAAAGGCUAUUUUAGAGUCCGUAUGUUUAAGUAAAGCACUUAAUGUUGUCAGUAAUUUAGUUUAAAGUUAACUGUUUAUAUGUAGCGGUUAAGUGAUUAGUUAAUUGUACAUAGUUUUAGAAAAUUCCCAUAUUUAAUUAACGUCAUAUCUAAGAAUUUGGUCACAGUCCAGGCCUUUGUAAUAAUUUCACUUUGUGAGGGUAGGGCCUCACAAAUUACCCUCUGUUCUGAAUUACUAAAUUUUUCUAGCAUUAUCACGUAAAGACCUAGAAGCUUUUUAUUACGUCCUUCAUAAUUUAAUUAAUCCCGAAAUAGUUUAAAUUAAAUAAACUAUGUCUCAAUUUAUUAUAAUUACCUUUUUUGAACUACCCUUAAAAAAAAUCUAAUAUUAGAGAUGUAACAAAAGCAGCUGAUACGAUUUCAACGCUGAAAAAUAUAACUAGUAAUUUAUCGGCAAGGGUUUUCAGAUAUAUAUAAUUAAAAUUCAUUAAUAUUACAGUAUUAAUUUCGGACCUACCCUCUUAAAUAAAUUUUUAAAU